AUGUACGACAAUAAGCAAUUAUUAUUCAUCCGUUUGCUAAUCAUUUUUCUUGCUACAAUUAUAGUUCUUGAAACAAUAAUUAUUGGAAUUUUACUACUACAACCGUCAUCAAAAUUAAUUAAUCAACAAAAUGAUACAUGCGAAAUGAUGAUAAAUCGUGCGCGAUAUCGACGAGAAAUACGAAAUGUUGAAGAUAGUGAUAAAUGGAAAUUCACAGAUUUAUCAUUAUCACCGUCAUUAUCACCAUCUGCACUGUAUCUCCCAAUUUAUGCACAAAUUUCGGAUAAAUCAUUGAAAGUUAUUUGUGAGGAACAUAGCAAACGACGUAUGAAACACAAAUGGAAGCAUACAAAAAUCUUUACGAAUUAUAGUAACAAACCGAGAAGCUCGAAUAAACGAGGAUGUGGUAUGAUUAGUUCAAUUUCUCAACCACAUAUUUUGGCUCGGCGUUUGAAUAGAAUUGGUGGCAUUGUUCGACAUGGCACACGUUGGUUUCAGACUGAAUAUUCGCUUGGAUAUAAUGUUUUUGAAUAUUAUAAUCUAACUGAUUUACGAUUUUCGCAUCCGUCCGCGAUACAUUCUCUGGAUUCGGCGCAAUUUGAUGGCACAGACAAUGCCGCAUGUUAUGGAAAUAAUUUUAUUUAUUACGCAUCAGCAACAUCUCGCAUUUAUUCAUAUCAAAUUAAUGAAAAACGUUCAAAAAGUGUAGCAAUUGAUGCUGUAAAGACUCCAAUCUAUAAAUUUUCACAUUCAUAUUUGGAUUUGGAAAAUGAUGGUAAUCAUUUAUGGAUUUUAUAUCAUUCAAUUUCCAAUGGUACACUAAAAGCUUCGUUACGUGAUUGCAUAACAUUAAUUGAACAUAAAUCAUGGAUGUUAAAUUUUUUAAAUACAAAAACUAUUGUUAAUGCAUUUAUUGCAUGUGAUUAUUUGUAUACAAUAAGUCAGAAUGUUACAUCGAAUAUUUUAAAUGUUAUUUAUGAUUUUAGCACUGACAAAUUCCUUCACAAAAUGCCAGAAGUAGGUAGUUGGAAACGAUUUGGUGUACCAUCAAAUGUACAGUAUGACCAUGUGACAAAAACAAUUAAUAUUUUUGAUAAUGGUAUUAUUUACAGUAUUACAGUACGAAUGUAA